AUGGAUCUUUUCAAACCGGGCAAUCAAUUAAAUGUUAGGUCAGAGAAUAUUAAAAGGAUUCAGGAGAAUAAUGAAGUCAUUUGUAACCAGGUAAUGGAGGUAAAGAAUAAUCAUGAGAAAAAAAUUCUGACUAUGAAUCUGGAAAUAAAAAUAUCGACACUGCAUGAAAAAAUAAAAACAGAAAGAAUAUACAGGACGGUAACAACGUCAUUAGUGGUCAAAUUAAAAAUAUUCAAACAGUGCUUGAAAAAAAUCACGGGAGAUGAUUUGGAAGGUAAAAUAAAUUUAUUUCAAGAUAACCUGAAGAGGUCAUAUGCAGAUGCCGUGAAAGAAGUUAAAGAAGAUAACAAACUUAAUUUUAAUGGUAGUAAAAAGGAAGAUGAGGAAAAAUAUUUAAAAAUUUUCAGCACAGUGAUUGAUGAAAGAGUUGAUAAGCCAGAUGUUGUUAAACGUUACAGAUUGAGUAAGAGACAGGCCGUCGUUGGCUACAUUGAAAUCAAAGAUGAUGAUUUGAAGAGAAUAGGCAUUGACCAUGACCUGGCAAAGGAUCCAAGGAGUGAGUUUAAAAAGUUGAUGCAAGUUGCGAAGGAGGAAGAUGCAGCUGACAAACAGGAUUUUGUUUACAAUGUGAAGGGCAAACCAGGAAACUUGAGAAUUAUUUAA